AUGAAGCCAUUCUUGACAGGUCAUGAGGAAUUAAUCCACGACAUCAAAUAUGAUUAUUACGGUAAACACAUAGCAACAGUCUCAUCCGAUCAACAUAUUAAAGUAUUUGACUUGGAUUCAGCUACAUCGUCUUGGAUAUUGAAUGAUCUGUGGAAAGCCCAUGAUUCAUCAAUUAUCAGAGUAUCUUGGGCCCAUCCUGAAUUUUCCAGUUCUAAAAUAAUCGCAUCUUGUUCAUUCGAUAGAACUGUAAAAAUAUGGCAAGAACAACCUGAUGAAUUACAUGGUUCUGGUAGGAGAUGGACCAAAUUGGCAACUUUGGCAAUCGAAUCUUAUGGACCAAUAUAUGAUGUUGUGUUUGCUCCUAAUCAUCUUGGUUUUAAAUUGGGAUGUGUUGGUUCUGAUGGGAUCUUUAGGAUUUAUGAAUCGAUGGAACCUAAUGAUUUAAGUAAUUGGGCUUUAACUACUGAAAUACCAAUAUUAAAUCUGCAAUUGCCAGCAAAGAGUUUACAAAGUAGUUUUGCUAUUGAAUGGUGUCCAUCAAAGUUUACUAAAACAGAAAAAUUCAUAGUUGCGGCUUUGGAUCAAGGGUUUAUAUAUGGUACUACAGUCUCAUCUCAAGAUCGUAAAAUCAAUGAAGAAGGGAUCUACUCAGGAGCUAGUUCUCAUGUUGAUACACAUAUUGAUAAUGAACAUGAACAUGAACUUGAACGAAGUAAGGAUUCGGACUCCAAAUAUGUUAAACUAGGGAAUCUACCUGAACAUAAUGGAUUGAUUAGAUCUGUUUGUUGGGCUCCCUCAAUGGGUAGAAAUUACCAUUUAAUUGCAACUGGUUGUAAAGAUGGUUUUGUAAGAAUAUUUAAAGCUACAGAAACUUCACUGGGAGAUUUGAAAAUUGAGACAUUGGCCAAAUUAAGUGAUCAUAAACUGGAAGUAUGGCGAGUUAAUUGGAACAUGACGGGGACUAUACUUUCAUCAGCAGGAGAUGAUGGUAAACUAAGACUUUGGAAGUGUAAUUAUUUGAGUGAAUGGAAGUGUAUGAGUGUUAUAAAUACAAGUAAUCGGUCAGAUAACCGUACUAUAGAGGCAGAUCCAAUAAAAACAAAGUAG